AUUACAUGCAACAAGUCCCACCUACUAUGUUCUGUUAAUGAUCACCAUACAAAUAUUAUACAACAUUGAUUUGGAGGCCUCUCCAGUCUCCCCUGGACCAGAGGACUGCUCACCAUGAAGCUGCUCGCACACAUCCUGUGUCUCAGCCUGGCUCUGGCUAUGGGAUGGGCUGACUCGCAUCACGAACAUACACAUGAAGCUGAACCUGACCGCUGUAAGGGCCUUGAGAUGGACGCUGCUGUAACGUGCGUGCUCGGAGGUGCAUUCUUUUUCAGCCAUGACCACCUGUUCAAGGGCUUCCAUGGCAAAGCAGAGCUGUCCAAUGAGUCCUUCCCUGGGUUGGAUGACCAUCACCACCACGUGGAUGCUGCUUUCCUCAUGCACUACGAGGACGAACCCACUGAACACAAACGCGUGUUCCUCUUCCUGGACGACAAGGUGUUCAGCUAUCACGAACACAAGCUGGAGGAUGGCUACCCCAAGGCAAUCUCCGAAGUCUUCCCUGGAAUCCCCGACCACCUGGAUGCUGCCGUUGAGUGUCCCAAGCCAGAAUGUGAUGAAGACUCUGUCAUCUUCUUCAAGGGAGAUGACAUCUACCACUACACCGUCAAAACCAAGGCUGUAGAAGAGAAGGAGUUCACGUCAAUGCCAAACUGCACAUCUGCUCUCCGCUUUAUGGAACACUAUUACUGCUUCCAUGGACACAUGUUCUCCAAGUUUGACCCAAAGACCGGCGAGGUCCACGGCAAAUACCCCAAAGAGGCACGUGACUACUUCAUGAGAUGCUCUAAGUUCAGUGAAGACAGUGACCAUGUGGAGAGAGAGCGCUGCAGCCGUGUUCACCUGGAUGCCAUCACAACUGACGACGCUGGAAACAUGUAUGCCUUCAGAGGCCACCAUUUCAUCGAAAAAGAAGAGGGCAAUGACACACUGAAGGCUGACACCAUCGAGAGCGACUUCAAGGAGCUACACAGUGAGGUGGAUGCUGUCUUCACUUAUGAAAGUCACCUUUACAUGAUUAAGGAUGAAGAAGUUUUUGUUUACAAAAUCGGUGAGCCCCACACUCUUUUGGAUGGGUACCCCAAACCUGUGAAGGAGGAGCUGGGCAUUGAGGGUCCCAUUGAUGCUGCAUUUAUGUGUGGAGAUCAUCAUAUUGCACAUAUCAUCAAAGGUGAUCAUAUCUUUGAUGUGGAUAUGAAGGCCAGCCCUCACACUGCAAGCGAUGAGCGUCCAAUUGCCCUCUUCAAGAAGGUUGAUGCUGCCAUGUGCGGUGCUGGGGGAGUUAAGGUGAUCGUAGGCAGCCACUUCUACCACUUUGACAGUCCCAUGUUGCUUGUUGCUGGCAAGGCCCUGCCUGAGCAACACAGAGUAUCCAUGGAGCUGUUCGGCUGUGACCACUAAGAGGCGUGCUUGACAGGACUGAAUCACAUACAACACAGUAAAACUUGGAAAAACAACAGCACCAACAACAUCGUGCAGGAGGCCUCUAACAACAAGUCGCCAAGCUUUUGACUACAAGUGCUUACAGAGGAUGAUGAUACUAGUUGUUCCCCUCCUGUGUCUUACCUCAAAAUAACCCUUUCUCUGUUUUUUUUCUUUUUUGAGGGAUUCUUUUCAUAAUUACGCUCUGUGGUGAGUUGUUGAUUCAAUUUGUACAGUGUUGAUGUGAAUAAA